AAAACAUUGUGACUGAAUCAGUCACUAUUAGAGGUCAGCUUUGUGCAGCAUCAUAAAAAAUUAUGACAAGUAGAAAUUCUGUGAUACACAUUUAUCUGUUUUUAGUUUAUUUAUUACUGUAUAAUGAAGCAAAAUCAUAUCAUGCUGUCGUUAUUAUUCAUGGAGUACUCACUGGAAGCGAUAGCAUGGAACUCAUUAGCAACAGAAUUCAGGAAAUGCAUCCUGGCACUCAAAUCUAUAACACUGUAAGAUUUGCAGGCUGGAGCAGCCUGGAACCAAUGUGGCAACAGGUAGAGGAAAUAGGUAUGGAUGUACUUUCAAUAGGUGCUGCAUUUCCUGAAGGGAUUAAUUUAAUAGGUUACAGCCAGGGUGGCUUAUUAGCUAGAGCCAUAUUGCAAAGAUUUCCCAUGCAUAAUGUCAGAAAUUUUAUUUCUUUGAGCUCGCCUCAAGCUGGACAAUAUGGAACACGUUUUCUGCACUUGAUUUUCCCAGACUUAGUUUGUGAAACUGCUUAUGAACUCUUUUAUUCACGACUUGGACAACACACCAGUAUUGGAAAUUAUUGGAAUGAUCCUUAUCACCAAAAAUUGUAUUAUAAGUACAGCAAGUUCCUACCAUUUGUGAACAAUGAAAUCGACCAUUUCAACAAUUCUGAUUAUAAAAUGGGUUUAACCAAGUUAAAACGUAUGGUACUUAUUGGAGGACCAGAUGAUGGCGUUAUUACUCCAUGGCAAAGCAGUCAUUUCGGAUAUUAUGAUAAUAAUAACACUGUGAUAGACAUGCGUGAUAGAUCUAUUUAUAAGGAUGAUGUCAUCGGUUUGAAAACAUUAGACAAACAGGGCAAACUGAAGCUCAUUACAGUGCCCGGAAUUUCCCAUACUGAUUGGCAUAAAAAUAUUUCUAUAGUAGAUCAAUUUAUGUUGCCAUACUUAGAUUAAAUGUAAUAAACUGUAAGUAAAUAGUAUAAAAGUAAAAUAAUAUUGCCAAAUAUCAUAUUGUAGAAUAUGAUAUUAUAAUAUUACUUAAUUUUAUAUUUAUGAAAAAUGUAAGGAAUAUACUAUUUAAAUGUGGACAAUUUUUUCAACGUGAUAUAUUAAUCGACUGAUUUUGUAAGUGUACAAGGCUUUACUUAUCUUAUUUUUUACACAUUAAUAUAAUAACUAUAUAAUAAAUAAUUUAAAUUAUAAGUUUAGAGGAAGGAAAGGGAUGAGAAACAAAUGGAAUACUAUUUUGUUGUUUAAAAAUAACUCAGCAAAUAUUAACGGGACACAUUUCUUAUCAACACCAGUUGGUUAGCCGUAAAGUUCUAUCAAUUAUUCUAUAGGUAGAAGUUCAUCAAGUAUAUAGAACAAACAUAAUUUACAAAUUACUGAAGAGAGGGAAAAAAGAUGCAUUUAUAAGAUAGCAGAGGAGUUAUGAAAUUAACGAACAAUUAAUGUUAAAAAAGGCAUUUUUAGUUAUAAAAAAAAUCAAAUUAAUAAUCCUUCGUAGGUUUUGCACAUCAAUAAGUGUCAUAAAACAAGAUUUUAGAACUAUUUUAUUUGGAAAAAAAAAAGAUUUUUUAAAUAAUUUCUUUGGCUUAAAAUACAACUUUUUAAAUUAACUUCUUUGCUGUUGGUAAACAUUAUGCAAUGUGCACUAUGAAAUUUGUAAACUUGCAAGAGUGGUUUUACGUUCGUAAUGCAAAUGGCUCACAACCAUCUAAUGACUCUUCCCAUUAUAUAACUUUAUAUAUCAAAUUCAUACGACACAUAUUGAAUUAAAUAUUACGACACAUAUUGAAUUUAAUUACAUAAUUUGGAAGUCAAUUGAAGGCCUUCAAGCUAGCAACUAAAAUUAAUGAUUAAUAUCUAACAUAGUUCUUAAAAUACAUAGAGUAUAUACCUGUAAAAAUCGCUGCAAAAUUUGAAUUUAUCUUUUAUAAAGACACAAUAAACACUAAUGAUUAGUAGCCAUACUACAAUGUCUAAAUGGACUAUAACGAAGUAAUCUUAAUAGGUGUUUUUAGAAUUUAAUGUGAAUUAUAUAAAAUAUUAUAGUAUCUCACCACUCCACUCCUGUAUCUCAUGACCCCCAUCUUUCCUCUAUAAUUAUUAAAUAAUUUAAAUUAAUUAUAAAUUAAUAGUUAUAUAUUUUUUAUCCUUCGCAUUUUAUAUUCAAAUAGAUUAAUAUAACAAAUACAUGACAUAUUUGCAACCACAUUUUUUGUAUACGCUCAUAUUUUUGGUGUGUACAUAUAUAUGUAUAUAGUAGCAAAAAAUUUUUAUCUAUCAUAUAUA